AUGUGUAAAGAAUUUCACUUUAUAAGACAAAUAGCAGCUAGAAAUGGUUGUCCAACUCAGUUUAUUGAAAACCAAAUUAGAAAUACUCUGAAUCGAUACUAUGAUAAAGAAAAUCAAAUUAAUCAACAGAUUAUUUCAACCAAAAUUAAACCUGUCGAUAUUGAAACAUCAAAAAUUAAAAUCAAUCAAUGUAUAGUGUUAGAUGUACCAUUUACAGGACAGACUUCUAAAGUUUAUGGUAAAAGACUUCGAAAUUUAGGCAAAGCAGUUAGGCCAACCACAGUUUUCUUAACAGUUUCUCGUCCACCACCGACCGUUAGAGAAAGUUGUCGUAAUAAAGAUCCAAUUCCAAAAGAUAUGCAAUCCAAAUUAGUCUAUAAAAUUGAAUGUAAUGAUUGUGAAUCGGUCUACAUUGGAGAAACAGACAGACAAGCUGCAAGACGUUUUGAAGAACACGGAUGCAUAUCAAAUCUAUUGAAAUCUGGCAAGAAACCUCCUCCUCCUACUGCUACUACAUUAACCACAACUCAACCGGUAAGACAAUCUCAGAGGCAGCGACAUAAAUCUAAACUCUAUGAAUUUGAGGAGGAAGAUAUACCGGAGGACCAGGCGGAGGAUAAUGUUAUUCAAACGUUUGAACAACAUGUGCGAUUUAAAAUCGGCAAUCACAGUUCACGAACGUGA